CCCGCCCGCCGCCAUUUUCUUUCUUUCUUGGCAGGCAGCGAGUAGGGCAGGAAGCGGCGGCGGAGCGGCUAUGGCGGAUUAUUCCACGGUGCCCCCUCCUGCUUCGGGCGCGCCCGGAGGAGGAGGAGGCGGAGGUGGGGGAGUCAACGAUGCCUUUAAAGACGCACUGCAGCGGGCUAGGCAGAUUGCAGCAAAAAUUGGAGGUGAUGGAGGGACAUCAAUGAAUUCAAAUGAUUACGGUUAUGGAGGACAAAAAAGACCUCUUGAAGAUGGAGAUGGCUCUUGGACAAGUCCGAGCAGUACAACACACUGGGAGGGAAUGCCCUCUCCUUUUAAAGAUCAACCAGAUGCUAAGAAAGUUGCUCCUCAGAAUGACUCUUUUGGAACCCAGCUACCCCCAAUGCAUCAGCAACAAAGGUCUGUAAUGACAGAGGAGUACAAAGUUCCAGAUGGAAUGGUUGGAUUCAUAAUUGGCAGAGGAGGAGAACAGAUUUCACGCAUACAGCAAGAAUCUGGAUGCAAAAUACAGAUUGCUCCUGAUAGCGGUGGCCUGCCUGAUAGAUCUUGCAUGUUAACUGGAACACCCGAGUCUGUUCAGUCUGCAAAGAGACUGCUUGACCAGAUAGUUGAAAAGGGAAGACCUACACCUGGCUUUCAUCAUGGUGAUGGACCAGGAAAUGCUGUCCAAGAAAUUAUGAUUCCAGCUAGUAAGGCAGGAUUAGUUAUUGGAAAAGGUGGAGAGACCAUUAAGCAACUUCAGGAACGAGCAGGAGUCAAAAUGGUCAUGAUUCAAGAUGGGCCACAGAACACUGGUGCAGACAAACCUCUUAGGAUUACAGGAGACCCUUACAAAGUUCAACAAGCCAAGGAAAUGGUGUUGGAGUUGAUUCGUGAUCAAGGCGGCUUUAGAGAGGCGCGCAAUGAAUAUGGGUCAAGAAUAGGAGGAAAUGAAGGGAUAGAUGUCCCAAUACCACGAUUUGCUGUUGGUAUUGUAAUUGGAAGAAAUGGAGAGAUGAUCAAAAAGAUACAGAAUGAUGCUGGUGUUAGAAUCCAGUUUAAGCCAGAUGAUGGAACAACUCCAGAUAGAAUAGCCCAAAUUACAGGACCUCCAGACAGAUGUCAACAUGCUGCAGAAAUUAUUACAGACCUCCUUCGAAGUGUCCAGGCUGGUAAUCCUGGUGGUCCAGGACCUGGUGGUCGAGGAAGGGGUAGAGGCCAAGGCAACUGGAACAUGGGGCCUCCUGGUGGAUUACAGGAAUUUAAUUUUAUUGUACCCACUGGAAAAACUGGAUUAAUCAUUGGAAAAGGUGGUGAAACUAUCAAAAGCAUAAGUCAGCAAUCUGGGGCUAGAAUAGAACUUCAGAGAAAUCCUCCACCAAAUGCAGAUCCUAACAUGAAGUUGUUUACUAUCCGCGGGACACCACAGCAAAUUGAUUAUGCUCGGCAACUUAUAGAAGAAAAGAUUGGAGGUCCAGUAAAUCCUUUGGGUCCACCUGUUCCUCAUGGGCCCCACGGUGUUGUUCCUGGCCCACAUGGACCUCCUGGCCCACCAGGUCCUGGCAAUCCUAUGGGGCCUUAUAAUCCUGCUCCUUAUAAUCCAGGGCCUCCUGGUCCAGCACCUCAUGGCCCUCCAGCCCCAUAUGCUCCACAAGGGUGGGGAAAUGCCUAUCCACACUGGCAGCCACCUAAUCCACCAGAUCCAGGUAAACCAGGAACAGAUCCCAAUUCAGCAGCGUGGGCAGCUUAUUAUGCUCACUAUUAUCAGCAGCAAGCACAGCCGCCACCUGCAGCCCCUCCUGGUGGACCACCUACAACCCAAACUAAUGGACAAGGAGAACAACCAAAUCCAGCACCAGCAGGGCAGGUUGAUUACACCAAAGCUUGGGAAGAGUACUACAAAAAAAUGGGUCAAGCAGUUCCAGCUCCAGCUGGGGCCCCACCAGGUCAGCCUGAUUAUAGUGCAGCAUGGGCUGAAUACUACAGACAGCAAGCAGCAUAUUAUGCCCAGACAAGUCCACAGGGAAUGCCACAGCAUCCUCCAGCACCACAGUGCCUUCCCAGACCUUCCACCUUAGGUUCUGCUGCAAAAAGCAACAGUGCUGAAGAUGCUGCAAGCACCAAAUCAUAGCUCAUAAAAUCAGGUCCUGAGAUAGUUACUACCAAUAAAGAGGAAUCCUUUGAGUGUAUGCCAUUGGUGAGCCGAUGAGCACGGACCAUAGAAGGGGUCCAUGUAGAAGGUAAAAUUGGCAAAACAACAGAUUUGAAAUGUAUCCCAUACAUAAUGGUGUAGGGUAUAAUUUUUCUGUCUGAUCACUUGUCAUUCUUUAAAGUGCUAUUUGCUUGACCAUAAAUGUUCAAUAAUCUGUUUAGUUUUUAAAACUAUGUGGCUAAUAUUAAACUAUAUAUUUUAAUUUAUAUUCUUCUAAGCAGUCAAGCUUAGAUAUAUUUACCUUCUGAAAUUAAUAGUUGCACUUAAUUCCCUCAAGCCACUUCAUUUUUGUUUACUUGUAGUUUGAUAUGUAACUCAUUUAUUUUUCACAAGAGAACUAGGUAUGUACCCCAAGUGGGUUUUAAAUCCUAAGAAUUUAUUGUCUGGGGUGGGAUUUCUAUUUCACUUCCUUAAACAUGCUGCUUUUUAUUUCACCGUUACAUGAAUAUUUUAAUAAUUAAAAUCUUAAGUUGAGUAAAUUUAAGAAGUGGGGGAAAAUAGAAAAGACAGGCCAGUUAUUUGGAUUGAUGAUAGGGUGUGAAAGUCAUAAUGGCUUCAGUUUAGUGUUUGUGGCAUAUUGAUUUUCAGCUCACUUAUUGCUGGACUUAUAGGCAUAUUUUAUGCUAAGUGUAGUGUUAUUAUUUAAAUCAGUCUCCAAACUAUUUCUUUUAGAGGACAGAAGAUAAUUAAAUUACUAGAAUCUUAUUUCUGAGCGAAGAUUGUUUUUGUGAUUUGGUAGAAAA